AUGAUGCAAAUCGACACAGUGGAGGAAUUCUCUGCGUCCGCGGAUCACGCAAUCGCGAAAGGGAAGCGCAGCAAGCGGCCUCGGCCCACCUCCUCCGCAGAGUCCCACACUUUCAUCCAUCAUUCAUCUCCGGCCACUUCGAGCAGCACGGAGGAAGACGAGGACAUGGCCAACUGCUUGAUUCUCCUGGCGCGAGGCGAUUCGCCGGCGCCAGACACUAAAUCGAGCAGCCGGAUAUUCACGGAGAUGGCGGGCAUCUACGUUUACGAGUGCAAAACCUGCAACAGGACCUUCCCCUCGUUUCAGGCCUUGGGCGGCCACCGGGCCAGCCACAAAAGGCCAAAGCCCGCCAUCGAAGACGAUCAGAAAAAGCAGCCUCCGCCGGAUGAACAAGGAGAAGAGCAGAAACAGCUCACUAAACUACUCGAUUCGAACAAAAUCUGCCAAAGUAAUGAUCAGAUCAGGCCCAAAAUCCACGAGUGUUCUAUCUGCGGGUCGGAGUUCGCGUCGGGUCAGGCCCUGGGUGGCCAUAUGAGACGGCACAGGGCGCCGCCGCCUCCGCCGCCGCCGUUGAUCGAUGUGGAAAGAGAUGUUAUGACGGAAGAUGGUGUAGAGAAACCCAGAAGCGUGUUGGCGCUGGAUUUGGAUCUCAACCUGCCGGCGCCGCCCGAAGAUGAUAAAUUCGAUCAGUUUGCGGCCGAGCAGAAGCCACGUAUGGUCUUCUCCACGGCGGCGCUGGUGGAUUGCCACUACUAG